AUGGAAAGAGGGAGAUUAACUUUGAGAAGGCGAAUCGCAACUGCACCGACCCCUUCCAGUUUGAAAACAUCCGCAAGGAGCCCUGCGCGUGUACGCCUUCUGACUAUGCGAAGGAGUACUCGAAAGGGGAUGAUGGCAAAUGCUACUUGCAGUAUCGCCCAAGCAACUGCCAGGGAGGGCAAGAGUCGAAGCGAAUCCCGGUGGACCUUCUGUUCUGUGAGUUGAAGCCUGUCCCAUGCACAGAGGCGAACGUGAAGAGCAUGUACCUCACGUGCGACUACAUCCGUGACCCAGCCACCAAUCAGCAGCUCUCCAAGACUCGCAUGAUCCAGGUGGUGUACUAUUUCGACAAUCAGUGCAACCCUGCUGCUCGUGGCUCCCUUGCCCUCCCUCCCAGCGACUACAUUCCAUGCGACACGCGGUGUGGCCCGGGGAUGUUUCUCAAAGGCAACAACUGUCACAAGUGCCCGCAAGGCUACUAUAGCAUGGGAGGCGGGUUCCGUUAUGAUGCCUUCAAGGACCUCGACCCCAAGGUCUUCCAGACAGAGUGCUCGUUCAGCAACAACACGGGCACGUUCCCCUGUGAGGGGUGGUAUGCGGAGGAGGGGCAGCUGAAAGUGGGCUCCUACGACCCUGCCAACUACUGGCUCGAGGAGGAGUGUGCGUACUUCACCAACAUGACGUGCCACAACAACCUGCAGUCCUCGCUCAAGCUGCCACUCACUCUCGUCAGGGACGGGUAUGUCACAUUCCGCUUCACAGUGAGCUCGGAGCGGCAGCGGGAUGGACUGGUGUUCUAUAUCGACGACCUUAACACCCCCGCCAUGCUGCUGGCUUACAACCAGUUCGAUCCUAAGGAGGUCCGCUUCCCCCUGGCAGCAGGAAGGCACACGCUCGUGUGGGCGUAUGUCAAGGACUCGUCGUUCACACAAGGCAGGGACUCUGCCGCCCUACAGUUUCUGGAGGUGGACGGCAUUGCAUUCACCGACUCAGCCUGCCUCAAAUGCCCUGCCGGCUUCUUCAGUGGGGAGCAAGCCACCAACUGCACAGCAUGCCCUCCCGACCACAUCUCAGCGGAGGGGUCAGGCCAGUGCGAGGCGUGCAACAGCACCACGUUCGCCCUCGCCACACCCCGCACCCAAUGCACCCCACGCCCUCUGUGCAACGUGACAGUAGACGCCACGCCCACCUUCACCCCCUGCGUUGCCUCCUCGCGCACGCGCACCAGGGUGUGGUCGUGGCUCUCCCCUCAAGUCUGCCAGCCCGACCCCGCCCAUGGCCUCCCUCCCAACACCACCGAGCCAUGCGAGCCCUGCCCGUCAGGGCAGUACGCAGUUGUGGAUUCUGCCACUGACACUCUCACCUGCACCUUCUGCCCCACUGGCACAGCGCGGAACGUCUCAGAAGCAUCAACAGUACAACCACUCCCCCCUCCAGGCGCGGCUGCCCCUCCCUCUGCAGCCCCCUCAACCACAUCGGACGAAACUUGCCACCCGUGCCAGCCUGGCGAGGCGGCAGUGAGGAUGCUCUUGCUGGAGCACUUCCGCACCGUGGAAGACGGGAAGCUUCCCAGCGGCUUCCAGACUGGAUGCAGUGGGGAGUGUGGGUCAGGCGGGUGGCGAGUGGUGGGGGAUUAUCUGGACUCGGGGGCGAAUAACGGCAAGACUGCCUCUGUGUGGCUGGCACUCACAGUGAAUCUCACCAUCCCUGGCUACAUCACAUACGACUUUGACGUGGACAUCCCUCCUGGCGACCUGCAGCGCGGACUCUUCUUCUACGUGGACGACAACCUGCUCGAGAACAUCGAGGACGGGGGCAGCAUGGGCGUGAGCGUGCCAGUGGGUCGCAGCAGCAGCCAGCAUUGGCCGCUGGCAGCAGGCAGCCACCGCAUCAUGUGGGUGUGGGUCACCCUCAACGCCGAUCGCACCUCCGUCGAUCGCUCCUCUGCCAUCCUGCACAGCGUGCGCGUGUGGGGGGCGGCACAGGGGGGCGCGCCCGGGUGUGUGCGCAUCCCUGCAGGCGCGCAGAAGGGGCAGAGCGGGGACGCGUGGGAGGAGUGUCCUGCUGGGUAUUACAGUGAGGGCGGGGAAGGGCUCCAGUCCCUCCUUCCCCCGUUCUCCCCUAUUGUCUCAGGGCAACCGCUCUGCCUGCCAGCCGUGUUGUUCACCAGGGACAUCUUCGCUGGAAGGCAGUGCGGAGUGCAGCAUUGCGGACGUCACAUCCCUUCUCCCGACCCCAGGCAACCGCACAGCCUGCCAGCCGUGCGGCCUGGGAACAUCUUUCGCAUAGGGGACGUCACGUCGCCCUCCUCUUUCUGCACCUUCAUUGUUCGCUCCUUCAACUCCACCAACACGCUCCUCUACGACCUCUCACCUCCCUCUCAGUCAACCUUUUUCGCAUCUCGCCCUUUGCUCUACCUUCCCCUGCCACCAUCUCAGGGCAACCGCACUGCUUGCCAGCCGUGCGGCCUGGGCACAUCCUCUCUGGAGGGCAGUGCGGAGUGCGCCAUAGGGGACAUCACCUCGCCCUCCUCCUUCUGCACCUUCAUCGUCCGCUCCUUCAACAGUACAGACACGCUCCUCUACGACCUCUCCCCCCUCGCGCACCAGAACCUGGGCCGCCUCGUGGGCCCCAUAUACGAAGGCCCAUCCUUUGUAGACCUGCAGAAGGGUCCUAAGUACUAUGUGUCGGUGUGUGCUCGCAGCAACAGUGAUAACGCUGUGUAUCGCCCUGUCGCUUCCUCUGCUGCUGCUGGGGGUGCUGGUGUUGGGGGUGGUGCGGCUGGGGGUGGUGGUGUGUGGAGUGGUGAUAGUGGUGGUGGGAAGGGGGGCAGGGGCGGCAAGGGAGAGAGAGCGAACACGAAGUACCCGUGCAUCAUGUACACUGGGAAGCCCCUCAACAACACUUAUGUGUGCCGGAUCAACCCGAAUCUGAAUGAGCACAGUACAGCCACAUCGGCCCACAGCCUGGGGGACACCGUGUCACUGGCCCCUUUGGGGAGCUUCUCCGAGCCGCAGCUGCAGCGGCGAGGGCUGGUGAUGUCGUUCCACGGAGAGAGCUGCCCGAUGUCCGACGCCCCCAGCACCUUCAACCUCACCUUCAUCUGUGACCCCGAGGCUGGCUACGGCCACCCAGAGCCAUGGACGGAGGGGGGCAAGAAGGCAGCUCUGAACCCGACCCUCUCCUACCCGGCAUGGGCCAAUCGGUCGGGCGAUGUCAUCCCCGUGGGGCGCGAGGCGCCUGUCUCAUGCCUGUUCCAGAUGGUGUGGUACACGGCAUAUGCGUGCCCGCUGUGCACUGUGCUGGAUAUGGAGCCUGUUGCCGUUGCCAACUGCAUCGACAACAAGCGCUUCACCUACAAAUACAAGACGCCAAGGCUUUGCCAGCCAAAUCCCCAGGUGCCCUUACCUCCUGAUGAGUACUGCCUUCCCUGCACCAAGGACGACUACCAGAGAUUUGAGGACUCUUGCACCGACGCCAACGGUGUGCACAACGUAACAUACAUCUGGAAGCUCCCGAAGACUUGUAACGAGGACCUUUCUGGAGCGGAGAAGCUUCCGGAAGGGACACUGGCGGGGAUUUGUGACAUGGAGGUCAAGCUUUCCGUGCACGUGGGAGGCAACGCCACCAUCAGCGGCAGCAAUGACCGUCAAAUCCUCGCUCUCGAAGCCAGCUUCGGCGCGGGGCUUCCGAAGACCAAGGCUGACGCGCUCUCCUUCUCCCUUGCGCAGAUGCAGCCCCUGCUUGCUUGUUCCGACCCCCUGCCUCCUCUCCCUUCAUUUCAGGGCCAGGCAGUGUUAGUGCAGCGAGGCGACUGCAGCUUCGCCUCGAAGGCCCUCCGCGUGCAGCGGCUGGGAGCAGCUAAUGCCAUCGUCAUCAACAGUGAAGAAGGUAUCAUUGGCAUGGGUUGCAACGCAACAGACUUGACUGAAGGCGUUGUGACUAUACCGGUGGUCAUGGUCUCCAACUCGUCAGGCCAAUUCCUCCUUCAAGCCCUCUCCAACGCCUCCGCCUCCCCCUCCGCCUCCGCCUCCGCCGCGCCAGUCACUGUGUCCCUGUACGCGCCUCCGCGGUCACUGCUGGACCUGGCAGAGCUGGUGCUGUGGGCGCUGGCGCUGCUGUCGCUCGUGGGCGCGUCCGCGUGGGCUGCCGCGGAGGAGAAGGCCGCGCUGGAAGGGAAGAGUGGCGCGGGGCAGUCCCUGGCGGACCAGCCACAAGGCGACUCCUCGGGAGCGUAUGACAUGUCAGUGGGGUCAGCAGUGGGUUUCGUGGUGAUGUCGUCUGUCAUGCUGCUGCUGCUCUUCUUCCUCAUGUCGCCCCUCGUCUUCUACAUCAUCCUCACGCUCUUCUGCGUUGCGGCGCUCGAGUCGCUCUAUGUGUGCCUCUCCUCGCUCCUCCACAGGCUCUUCCCACUCCAGUCUCCUCACGGCGUUGCUCUCCCCCUCCUUGGAUUCGUCUCCGGGCUCUCCCUCUCCUCCUUCCUGCUCUCCCUCGCCCUCACCAUCACCUGGGCUAUCUUCCGCAACCACCCUGAUGCAUGGGUGGCACAGGAUAUCCUGGGCAUAGCGCUGAUGAUCACGGUGCUGCAGGCAGUGCGUCUGCCCAACAUCAAGGUGUCCACUGUGCUGCUCUCCCUCGCUUUCUUUUACGACAUUUUCUGGGUCUUCAUCUCGCCGCUCUUCUUCAACGGAAAGAGCGUUAUGAUCGAGGUGGCAACAGGGGAGCGCACGGGAGGAGAGGGCAUACCCAUGCUGCUCAAGGUGCCGCACAUAACAGAUCCAUGGGGGGGAUACUCUGUGCUGGGCUUUGGCGAUGUCGUGCUGCCAGGCCUCCUCAUCGUCUUCAGCAGAAGGUAG